AGUGUAUCACAAACUCAAGCAUUAGCACCAACAAGCUCUGAGCAUCAUCAGUCUCUGGAAAGCCUUCUGAAUUAGACAAGGGCUGCCUCUCAGCACAGCUACAAAACACUUUAAACCUGACCAGCUAAAUGGAUAAACCUAGCCUGCAUAGCUUUUAAACUGGGGUCUUAUACAGCACAGGAGGCCUACUUGCUUCAAGAACUGAAAAUCCAGAGGAUGAAUUGCUUUAUCUGGGAAUGGCAAAAGCCAGCACAAUAAGGAAUGUCAGGUUUCCAUUUAAUUACGCAGCUGAAAGGCAUGAGUGUGGUGCUGGUGCUACUUCCUACACUGCUGCUUGUUAUGCUCACGGGGGCUCAGAGAGCUUGCCCAAAGAACUGCAGAUGUGAUGGUAAAAUUGUGUACUGUGAGUCUCAUGCUUUCGCAGAUAUCCCUGAGAACAUUUCUGGAGGGUCACAAGGCUUAUCAUUAAGGUUCAACAGCAUUCAGAAGCUCAAAUCCAAUCAGUUUGCCGGCCUUAACCAGCUUAUAUGGCUUUAUCUUGACCAUAAUUACAUUAGCUCAGUGGAUGAAGAUGCAUUUCAAGGGAUCCGUAGACUGAAAGAAUUAAUUCUAAGCUCCAACAAAAUUACUUAUCUGCACAAUAAAACAUUUCACCCAGUUCCCAAUCUCCGCAAUCUGGAUCUCUCCUACAAUAAGCUUCAGACAUUGCAAUCUGAGCAAUUUAAAGGCCUUCGGAAACUCAUCAUUUUGCACUUGAGAUCUAACUCGCUAAAGACCGUGCCGAUAAGAGUUUUUCAAGACUGUCGGAAUCUUGACUUUCUGGAUUUGGGUUACAAUCGUCUUCGAAGCUUGUCCCGAAAUGCAUUUGCUGGCCUCUUGAAGUUAAAGGAGCUCCACCUGGAGCACAAUCAGUUUUCCAAGAUCAACUUUGCUCAUUUUCCACGUCUCUUCAACCUCCGCUCAAUAUACUUACAAUGGAACAGGAUUCGCUCCAUUAGCCAAGGCUUGACAUGGACUUGGAGUUCCUUGCACAACUUGGAUUUAUCAGGGAAUGACAUCCAAGGAAUUGAGCCAGGCACAUUUAAAUGCCUCCCCAAUUUGCAAAAAUUAAAUUUGGAUUCCAACAAGCUCACCAACAUCUCACAGGAAACUGUCAAUGCGUGGAUAUCAUUAAUAUCCAUCACCUUGUCUGGAAAUAUGUGGGAAUGCAGUCGGAGCAUUUGUCCUCUGUAUUAUUGGCUUAAGAAUUUCAAAGGAAAUAAGGAAAGCACCAUGAUAUGUGCAGGACCUAAGCACAUCCAGGGUGAAAAAGUUAGUGAUGCAGUGGAAACAUAUAAUAUCUGUUCUGAAGUCCCAGUGGUCAACACAGAGAGAUCACACCUGGUGCCCCAAACUCCCCAGAAGCCUCUGAUUAUCCCUAAACCUACCGUCUUCAAGCCUGAUGCCACCCAACCCAGCCUUGAAACACCCAGCCCUUCCCCAGGGUUUCAGAUUCCUGGCACAGAGCAAGAGUAUGAGCAUGUUUCAUUUCACAAAAUUAUCGCAGGGAGUGUGGCUCUCUUUCUCUCGGUGGCCAUGAUCCUCUUGGUGAUCUAUGUGUCUUGGAAACGCUACCCAGCCAGCAUGAAACAACUCCAGCAACACUCUCUUAUGAAGAGGCGGCGGAAAAAGGCCAGAGAGUCUGAAAGACAAAUGAAUUCCCCUUUACAGGAGUAUUAUGUGGACUACAAGCCUACAAACUCUGAGACCAUGGAUAUAUCGGUUAAUGGAUCUGGGCCCUGCACAUAUACCAUCUCUGGCUCCAGGGAAUGUGAGAUGCCACACCACGUGAAGCCCUUGCCCUACUACAGCUAUGACCAGCCCGUGAUUGGGUACUGCCAGGCGCACCAGCCGCUCCACCUCAACAAGAGCUACGACCUAGUGUCUCCUGAGCAGGAUGAAAGCCCCAGCCUAGAGCUCGGGCGCGACCACGGCUUCAUCGCCACCAUCGCCAGGUCUGCAGCACCGGCCAUAUACCUUGAGAGAAUAACAAACUAAUGCUGAAGCCAGCUCCUCAUUAGGGACCUUGACGGGGGUGGGAGGGCCUUCAUCUUAAAGAGAAUGGGUGUCCAAAAUCGUGCAAUCCAGCAAGCUCAUCGUUCCUGUUAAAACAUGUAUGGCAUAG